AUGGUUGACGUAUUCAACGUACAAAUUUUCUUUGUCGUUUUCAGAGAGACCUUGGAAGCCGUUGUGGUUGUCUCUGUCCUUUUGGCUUUUUUGAAGCAGGGACUUGGCGGCUCCACUGAUGAUCCUGUCGUCUACAAGAAGCUUAAGCGACAAGUGUGGCUAGGGGCGAUUCUAGGGGUUGUCAUAUGUUUGAUCCUUGGUUGUGCUUUCAUUGGUGCUUUCUACUCGUUGGGCAAAGACAUUUGGGCUUCCUCUGAAGACUUGUGGGAAGGUAUUUUCUGUAUCAUUGCUACCGUUUUGAUUUCUUUGAUGGGUAUUGCCAUGUUGCGUAUCAACAAGAUGAAAGAGAAGUGGAGAGUCAAGUUGGCUCAGGCUCUUGUCAAGAAGGAGAAGAAAGGCCGUUUCAGUCUUGGUCAAUGGGCAAAGAAGUAUGCCUUGUUCAUCUUGCCAUUCAUCACUUGUUUGAGAGAAGGUUUGGAAGCCAUUGUCUUUGUCGGUGGUGUUGGUUUGAACUCUCCAGCUACUUCUUUCCCUAUCCCAGUCAUUACAGGUCUCCUCGCUGGUAUUCUCGUGGGUGUACUUUUGUACUACUCUGGUUCUACCAUGUCUUUGCAGAUCUUCUUGAUUAUUUCCACAUGUAUCUUGUACCUUAUUGCAGCUGGUCUUUUCUCCAGAGGUGUAUGGUUCUUUGAGACGUAUGUCUACAACAACAAGACUGGUGGUGAUGCUUCCGAGAACGGAAGUGGACCUGGUACUUACGAUAUCAGCAAGUCUGUUUGGCACGUCAACUGUUGCAACCCAGAGACCGACAACGGUUGGGAUGUUUUCAACUCGCUUUUGGGCUGGCAAAACUCUGCCACAUAUGGUUCUGUUCUCUCCUACAACAUCUACUGGAUUGUCGUUAUCGUUGUUCUUAUGUUAAUGAUGUACGAGGAGAAGACUGGCCACUUGCCAUUCGCCAAGAACUUGACUUUGAGAUCUUUGAACCCAAUGUACCACAUCAAGGGUAAGAAGAAGCACGAGUUGUCCAAGACUGAACAGGAGGAGUUGUUCGCAAGAGUCAGACACCAGGACAUGGCAGGUGAAGAUGAGGAUUCAUCUGAGUCUAUUGCUCACAAGGCAGUAGAGGGAGGUGAGAAGAAUGCCACCACUGAACAGACUCGUCCUCUCUAA